AAUCUACUUGGUAUUCAACCACAAUAUUGUAGCCACUUAGCUGACCUAACUUGUGAUCAAAAUUCAGAUUUUAUAGUGAAUAAACGAAGGAAUAAAACAAGAUACAAGUUGAUUUCUUUAACGUAAAGUGUAUUGAUAUUGUGUUUAGAAAGUGCAAGAUCAAACAGUGCCCAUAUUUUUUAAGAAUAAAGAUAGUGGACUUUUAUAAUUUAUUUAAAAAUGUUAACGCCAAAGUUCAGUUUGUUGACAGCAUGUUUAAUAUGUACAUUAACGUGUCAAGUACGCUUAGUUUUAUCACAAACAAUGCCGAACAGAGCCGAGACUAAUGUGUAUCCUUUCAUAACGGACCUUGAUGAAGGAGGAAAAUAUGUAUUAAGAUGGGGUUUCAAUGAAUCUGUAAUUUGGUUUCAAGUUCAAGUACAAACACUUGGCUACGUAGGUUUUGGAAUAUCAGAAACUGGUAAAAUGGUACCGGCAGAUGUGUUUGUUGCAUAUGUUACAGAUAAUCGAAAGGACAAUUUGGCAUAUUUUAAGGAUUUCCAUACGGUGGGUUAUACACACCCAGAGUCGGACGUCUCGCAAGAUUGGUUCCUUGACUCGGCUGAUGCCAUAGAUGGUUGGACCGUUCUGGAGUUCCAUCGCAAACUGGACACGUGUGAUACUGUAGGGGAUAUACCAAUUACAAGUGACACAAUGCAGCUGAUUUAUGCAUACAGUGACCAGGACCCCGCUAGUAUUGAUUCAAUAAUGUAUCAUUCAAAACGAGGAAGCAAAGCUGUCAAUUUGUUGUUGGCAUCUUCGCCCCCAAAGUUCUAUCCUGCUGAUGUGAACACUAUGGAUUUCCUUAACGAAAACUACAAAAUACCAGCUGACGGAAUGCCAAAUUUUCACUGCAAAUUGUUUGAUCUUUCUAACAUAACUAAGAAGCAUCAUAUUAUAAAAGUUAGUCCAGUUUUGUCGGAUCUUACAGAACAUAAUGUACAUCACAUGGUGUUAUAUCGUUGUUACGUGAAGAACGUAACAGAUUUGAUGAGCCAUGGUGAUAGUUUUAACUGUUUCACGGACGCACCAAACCAUAUCACGUUUUGUAGAGAGCAUGUGGCAAGUUUUGGCCAUGGAAAGUCGCCCAUGUAUCUUCCGGAAGACGUCGGAAUACCAUUUGGGGGUGCAGAAGAGGCAAACUUUUACGUGUUGGCCACGCAUUACGAAAAUGAGGAGUCUUUUACAAAUCUUAUUGACAACUCUGGUAUACGGAUAACUUACACAGCAAAGUUAAGAGAUCAUGAUGCGGCGUUCCUUUCCCUUGGAAACAUCAUUAGUCCUAACUGGCUUCAGUUUAUACCACCAGGAGAACCAAACUUUGUCCAGAAAGCCUACUGCUCAAUGAGAUGCCUUGGAUGGGGAAUUGGCAAUUGCUGGAAUAAAAAAAAAUCUAAAUCAAAACAAUCUAAAUCAUCUAGAGGACAAAAAUCUGGAUUAAUCAAAUCGAAACCAUCUCGAUCAACCAAAUCUGUACCGAUGACGGUGGUUGGUGUUCAGUUUCACUCCCAUUCAUUGGGUAAAGCCAUGAAAUUACGUCAUUUCACGCGCUAUAGAGGAAAUCGAGCGCGGGAGAACCCGUGGUUAGCGUAUGAUAGGUCAUAUGAUAGUGAACAACAAAGCUUCCGCCUUCUGAGUACACGACGAAAAGUUAAUUGCAGAGACGAAUUAUUGUUAGAGUGUACCUAUGAUUCAUCACAGAGGCAACGACCAACAGUGGGUGGUUGGACGGAGUAUGACGAACUGUGCCGUGGAUAUAUGCUGUAUUACCCAAGAAAACCAAUUGAAGGAUGUAUGAGCUGGAAUAAUUAUGAUAAACUCACGAGUACUGACGGACACAAGAUUAACGGCACUGACGUUUUUAGGACGCUUGUAAAUACAAACUGGAAAGAUGACCGAAAGAUGAGAAACAUUCUAAGACAGACUUUAGAUAAAUCCUGGGAAAAUGCCCAAUGCUGGACAUCAUCCCCGAAAAGAGAAAUUUCCUAUGCAAUAGAUUUUUUCCGACAACCGAGAAUAACAAAAAUCUAUAAAGAACCACAAUCGUCGACUUGUCAGGGUGUGUAAAAAGAAAUGACAAAGAGGAAUGUUUAAACCAGACUUUCCGUAAGAUAACGCUCGGAAAGUUCCGCUGACUAGAAUUGAUUUUUUUGUUUCAAUGUCCUUAAUGAUACUGCCUUUGAUUUCAAAAUAACCACCAGGUCAUAGAAUUUCAAAUUUAUAUCCUUCUUUAAACACUUAUUGUGAAAAGCACUAGGCUCAUAGAUAUGAUGUGACCUUUAUUUUUACAUUUUUACAUAGUUUUUGUCCGGUGAGAGACCUAAUGAUGGCAUAAAAAUGAAUAACAAAGCAUCUUUAUUUUUCAAUUACUACCAUUUUAUAACUAUUAUUGUAAAUGGCUAUAUUAUAUAGACGAACACAAAAGUAACUAGAGCUUUCUGUCAUAUUCUCACAUCAUCAAAAAGUCAUCACCGAAAUGGUGCUUAAGGUGACAUUAUGCCCAUCUAAGAGUAAAUUGUGAGUGUUCAGGUACAAUUGAAAGUAUGUUUUUAUAGAUAAAUAAAUAUUAAUAUAUUUCGGAAAUUAUUGGCAGUACUGCAUUUAUAAAAAAGAGAGGGGUCACUUCUUUAUAUUUCAAGUCCGUGUUAUAUUUCAUCGUGAACAUUUGACAUUAUCAGUUAUUGUUCAGCCAAUGUAAUUUUAAGCCUAUCAUAGCAUUCGGCACGAUAUGGUCACUUAUAUGUUGACGUGUCGUAAAAAUCCAAACAAACAAACAAAAUAGUCAAUCUUUUAGAAUAUACAACUAUUUGAUCAGCUUGACAUUGAAAAAAAAAUGAGCAUAAUGUCACUUUGACUUGUUUUUCGACUUUAGUUUAGAAUAUCAACAUAAUAAAUAGUUUAAUUUCUUUUCAAUAUUUUUUCACACGGUCAAAUGAAAGGCUUCAAUAAUUAUCAGGGAGUUAUGACACAAAGCAAGGGAAAACAUAUUUCAAUUAAAGAAGUGUGAUGUAAUAAGCAAAUACAUGUAUGAUUUUCACUUCAUGUCAAUAAAUAUGUUAACGUUA